AUGUCUAAUUUCUUUAGAGAUAAUUCCGUUGCUUUUAAACCACGAACUAAUAUAUUCUCACGUUUAUCUUUAAGAGAUCAAAAUGAGCAAUCAACCAAUUUAAAUGAUAUUUCCGAAGCUAAACGUAAAGAUGAGAUCAAAGGUAACUUAAAUUCGGUAAACGAAACCUUUUAUGGCUCUAACAGCGAACAUUCCUCGCAAAUGUUUUCUAGUGCAAUUUUAUCACCUGAUAAUACUAAUGCAACAGAAGAUACUACAGGUAAUAUUAUGGAUAAGAAAGCUAUUAAAGACAAUAAAGAUAUUUCUGUCGCUCCAUCAAUUAGUAAUAAAAAAUUUGAUGAAAGUGAAGAAGAUGAACUAGAAAUAACUGAGGUAAGAAACUUGACUCCAACUAACAUGUUUUAUCCUGAUACUGCGAAUAAUUACCCAGAAGAUACCUCAACUGUGGUUGAUAAAAAACUUACCUCCAUUAAUACUGGGGCUAAAAAUACGGACACCAAUUAUAACAAUCAUUCGUUAGAGACCUCAUCUAAUGAUGUUUUACUUGAUGCGUUCAAUAAUACCCAAAAAAUAUGCUCUGUUUUAAAAAUUGAGUUACAAAAUGCACAACAAGAUAAUAAAAAAUUGAAAAAUAAAAUACAAGCCACUGAUGAAGAGACUAAUAAACUUGCUUCAAAAUUUGCUGAAUACAAAAAAAAAAUUUGCGAUCUAGAGCAAAAGAUCAAAUGGUUUGACGAGCAAAAGAAUCAUAAUGAUAAUAAAUUACAUGACUUAAAGAAAACCAAUCAGUUAGUUGUUGCAAAAAUCAACGAUCUUAAAACUAAUUAUGAAAGUAUCGGUGUCACUGUGUCAAAUUUGAAAAGAUCAAAAAUGAUGACAGAAACGGAAUUAAAUAAAAAAAAUAAAGAAAUUGAAUAUCUACAGAAAGAACUAGAUGAUUGUUCUGGUCAGCUUAGUGAAGAAAAGAUCAGGAAUAAUAAUUUAAUCUUGGAAUUCAACACUAUAAAAACACAAAAUACUGAAAUAAAUGAAUCGAUGAAAAAAAAUUUUAAUGAAUUCGAUUCUAUGUUGAAAACAUUUAUUAAUGAGAGAUUCAUUAAUUGUUUAAAAGAUGAAAGUUCAAAUACGAAAGAAGAGAUCUUGAAAACGUUUGAAAUAAAAUUAAAAGAAAAUGAAAAUAACAUUAAACAGAAUUAUCAAGAUGAUGUCGUAAUCUUAAAAGAGUUUUGCAAAACUGAAAAUAAUAAUAUUAUUAAUUCAAUUAACUCAAGUUUUUCUAAUACGGUCUCUGACUCUUCUUCAACUUUAGAAAAAUCAAUUAUGCAGAAUAUUCAUAAUGGCAAUGAUAAAGUCAUAGAAAACAGCAAUAAUAUGAAAAAUUGUAUUGAUGAAGUUAAGAUCCAGUUAGUUGAAGAUAGAAAUCAAAUUAAUGCUGAAAUUUCAAAAUUUUCAUCUCUUAUGUCGGAAUAUAAGGAAUUCGAAAAGAAGUUAGAAACUGUGUCACAAGAAAAUACUGAACUAAAAAUACAGAAAACUCAAUUAUUAACUUCAAUUGGUACAAAAGAAGCACAAUACGAGGAAUUAUUGAAUCAAGUAGGAAAUUUGAAACUUUCAACCACAACUCUCGAAGAAAAUGAAAAGUGUUUAAAAGAUCAAACUGAAAAAUUAUUAGAGAAAGUGUCAGAGUAUGAAAAGAGCAUUGAAAGAUUAAAAAAUCUUGAAUCGAAUUCGUCAGCAAACUAUGAAAAUAAGUUGGCGUCACAAGUCACAAUUUCCAAUACUCUAACAUCAGAAAAUGAUAUGUUAAAAAAUAUGGUAAAGCGUUUAGAAGAGUCCAAAGAACAGCUCAGCCAUGAAAACAAUAAAAAGUUUGAGAACCAUCAAAAACUGCUCGAUCAAGUAAGUGAACUUAAUAUCGAGUUAGUUCACUUAAAAGCAGGCGAAUUGGAAUUAAAAGAAGAGAAUUAUACAUUAAAAAAAACAAUAGAGAAUAACAAAUCUAAUUUUGAAGAGAAUAGUAGCAGUGUCAAAAGGUUCCAACAAAAAAUAAUCGAAUUGGAAUCUGAUAAGCAAGAAUAUAUGUCUGAAAAGUUAGACUUACUUGAUAAAAUUGAAGAAAAGGAAAAUCGGAUUUUGAAGUUGGCUAAUGAAGUUAAAGUUUUAGAGAAGGAAACCAAUCAGUUGAAAAAUUAUAAAAAUGCACAGUCUAACAUGAGCAGACCAAAUGCAACUACUAGCAAACCUAAUAACAUUCAAAAGAGAGACACGAAAACUUUAGAAGGAGAGAAAGAUAGUUUACUACUAUCUCAAUUAGAGAAUACCACUAAUAAAAAGAGAAAAAAAACUAUAGCAAAAGAAAAGUUAAUUAUUCAAGAAGAACCAAAGGAGGAUAAUAUCAUUAAGAGCUACGAUAAUUUUGAUCUUUCGUCAUCAUUAAAUGAUGAUUUAGAGAUGAUUUUCCCAUCUCAGGUUGAACUAAAAAUUAACAAGAAACCGAACCAGAGAAACAAUUCACAUUACACACACGAUCCAUAUCCUAAUACCAGAAAGAAAAUGUUAUUAUCUGAUGAUUUUACAAGUAAAUUAGAAAAAGGUCCUAAUCCUGUGCAAACUUCAUCAGUGAAGAAACGAAAGGGAAUCAAAUAA